UUGGAGAGAUUUCAGAAAGGCAUCGGAGGUACCUGUCCCAAUAUGGUACUCAAGAGAGAGGCUUCAGCUCUUCCCGACAGGCGAAUGCAGAUUUUGACACUCGUGCUCAAUCACUCUUCAUUGAAGAAGCUCAACUUGUUGGGAUUGAUAAGCCAAAAGCAGAGCUCAUCUCAAAAAUCCUUGAUGACCAUUCCCAAUUGAAAGUAGUUUCGGUUAAGGGAAUGGGGGGACUCGGCAAGACUACCCUGGUGAAAAAAGUCUACGAUGACGCUGCAGUGAAGAAACAAUUUCAGAGCCAUGCCUGGAUAACUGUUUCUCAAACUUUUCAAUUCAGUGACAUCAUCAAGAACCUGAUCCAAUAGUUGUACAAUGAAAUCAGACGGCCGGUCCCUCGCCGAGUGGAAUCCAUGGAUGAUAUUAUGCUGAGUGAAUUUGUCAGAGACUUCCUCCGAGAAAGAAGGUACAUCCUUGUCCUUGAUGAUGUGUGGAGUAUAGAUGCCUGGGAAGCUAUCAAAUGUGUAUUGCCUGACUGCACUACUGCUAGUCGUGUUGUAUUGACAACACGAAUAGCCGAUGUAGCUUCUGCGUCCUGUUUAGGAUCACUUGACUUCGUCUAUAAGAUGGAGCCUCUUUCUGAUAAAGAGUCUUGGACUCUGUUUUGCAAUAGAACAUUUCAGAGCAAUAACUGUCCUCCAAAUCUAGAAGAAGUUGCUAAAAAAAUACUGAAAAAAUGUGAGGGCCUACCGCUUGCAAUUGUUGCAAUAGGUGGUGUUUUGGCUCUGAAGGACAACGAAAAGACACAUGAAUGGGAGAUGAUUCUUCAUGGUUUUGGUGGCGAGGCAGAUGGCAGUGGUAAGCUUGACAGAAUCAAAAGGGUACUCUUACUUAGCUAUAAUGAUUUGCCUCACUAUCUUAAAAGCUGCCUAUUGUAUCUAAGCAUCUACCCUGAAGAUUAUCCAAUUGAUGUGGUAUCUAUACUUCUGAAGUGGAUUGCACUAGAAUUUGUAGAAGAGAGAGAAAGAAUAACAUCCACCGAUAUUGCUAUGAGUUAUAUGAAAGAACUCAUCAACAGAAGCUUAAUCCAAGUUAAAUCCACAUUGAACGAUGGCAGAUUGAAUAAAUGUGGUCUCCACGAUUUUCUGCGUGAAAUCCUAGUUUCAAAAUCCAAAGAGCAGGACUUCACGACUGUAGCCACCAGGUAUUACACAAGAUGGCCUGAAAAAGUUCGACACCUAGCAAUCCACAACUUCACUGAUAAUCCACAAGAAUUUAGUAGCUUGAAGUGUCUUCGAUCUGUGGUAAUAUUUGGGUAUAAAGAUCCUCUCACAAUGGUUCGAAGUCUCGGCCGAGACCGAGACGACUCGGCCGAGUCGUCACCGUCUCGACCCCUACCGAUACGAUAUCGUGACGAAACGAUACCGAAAUACUUGACUCGCCGAGAAAUCGGUCGAGUCAUCACCGUGACGGAUUGACUCAGCGAGUCACACCGAGUCACUCCGAGUUAUCCCGAGUCAAGACGAGAAAUCAGCCGAGUCACACCGUGACGGAUUGACUUGGCCGUUUCUUUUACUAUUUUUUAAUUAUUUUUAUUUAGCAUA